UGUCAGUCAGAAAGUACUCUCCGACUUAAAAGUAUUCAUUGCUGCCAAAGAGACAAAUGAAGAUCCAAAGCAAUCCAAAUUCAUUGCUGCAUUUCUACCUGAUGAUAGUUUUCCAGAAUACUCUGUGCAAUUUUAUCAUGAUGGUAGGAUUGUGAGUAAUAAUGUGAAGCUAGGAACAAAACCAAAUCUUGCCCAAAUAGUUCAGAUAAAGCACACCAGUGUUUCUCUGAAACUGAAUCAACCACAAACCAAAAACAAGAGAUAUGUGGUAGAGACCAGGGCUUUAAAUGAUGGUGGAAUGAACAACAACACAUGGAAACAGAUAAUUGUUUAUACCAACAUUUUCAAGGAAAUCUGUUUGAUUUUAAAUCAUCAAUAUCAGUCCGGCCAUCAAUAUCAGCUGAGGUAUUCAGUUAUUGAGCAGGACUGUAUGAGCAACUUUAGUAGGAUUAUGAACUUUCAGACAGCUGUUGCAGCAACACCUGGUCAACCCCUUGUGAAUAAGCUGAACAAAGACACUCUCAGAGUCACCUGGUUGAAAGCUGAAACUGAUGAAGAUUGUCCAGUGCUGCAGUAUAUGGUUGAGUAUAAAGAAGCAGGACUGGAGGGCUGGUCAUCAGUACUAACUCAAGGACCUCAGUGUGAAUGUACUUUAACUGUACCUCAUAGCACCUGCUAUAGAGUCAGAGUCUCUGCUGUCUAUGAGGACAUCACCAGCAAACCUAGUGAGGAAACACCAGUACCGGUUGAUGUCUGGAUCAUAAAGCUCUCAGAGAGAAAGAGCUCCAUCCUCCUAGAAGUGCUGAAACUCCAAACAGAGAAGAAACCAGUAGAGCUGAUAGACUGGACAGAUGAAGAGAGUGAAGUGAGGGGAUUCCUCCAGUGUCUGCCCUACAUCUCCCAGCUCAGAUUUGUUGUACCACAGAAUAAAACAGCUGAAUCAUGGCAGAAAAGAAAGAGAUUAUUUAUGCUGGAUUUGUGUCUUCAAGCUGCUCUCCACCAAAAAAAGAAAAUAAAAAAAACUGUGAAGAAACUGCUGUCAUCUGUGCUUUAUGAGAAAUGUGGUUUCCUGCUGGAUCUGUGUUCACAUGUGAAGGACUAUGAGACUCAAACAGGCAGGAGUGUCCUUCCAGCAUUACAGCCAAUUUAUCAGUUGUCAGCUCCUGCAGUCUGGAUCAUAAACCUCUCAGAGAGAAAGAGCUCCAUCCUCCUAGAAGUGCUGAAACUCCAAACAGAGAAGAAACCAGUAGAGCUGAGAGACUGGACAGAUGAAGAGAGUGAAGUGAGGGGAUUCCUCCAGUGUCUGCCCUACAUCUCACAGCUCAGAUUUAUUGAACCACAGAAUAAAACUGCUGAAUCAUGGGAGAAAAGAAAGAGAUUAUUCAUACUGGAUUUGUGUCUUCAAGCUGCUCUCCACCAAAAAAAGAAAAUAAAAGAAACUGUGAAGAAACUGCUGUCAUCUGUGAAUUAUGAGAGAUUUGAUUUCCUGCUGGAUCUGUGGUCACAUGUGAAGGACUAUGAGACUCAAACAGGCAGGAGUGUCCUUCCAGCAUUACAGUCAAUUUAUCGUUCAGCUCCUGCAGUCUGGAUCAUAAAGCUCUCAGAGAGAAAGAGCUCCAUCCUCCUAGAAGUGCUGAAACUCCAAACAGAGAAGAAACCAGUAGAGCUGAUAGACUGUACAGAUGAAGAGAGUGAAGUGAGGGGAUUCCUCCAGUGUCUGCCCUACAUCUCACAGCUCAGGUUUGAUGACAUUUUCUACAGGAAGAAGGAACCUGCUGUAAAGUUUCUGCUGAAUCUCUUUGUUUCAGCAUCAGAGUGUGAUGCAAAUAAAGGAAAUAAAGAAAAUUACACUGAUCUGUUAAUAGAUGUGUGCAGCUACACAUCAUUCCCCUGUAGUGACAACUGCACUAACCGUCACCCUGACCAGUGUGAUUUCCUGCUGGAUCUGUGUUCACAUGUGAAGGACUAUGAGACUCAAACAGGCAGGAGUGUCCUUCCAGCAUUACAGACAAUUUAUCGUUCAGCUCCUGCAGCCUGGAUCAUAAAGCUCUCAGAGAAAAAGAGCUCCAUCCUCCUAGAAGUGCUGAAACUCCAAACAGAGAAGAAACCAGUAGAUCUGAGAGACUGGACAGAUGAAGAGAGUGAAGUGAGGGGAUUCCUCCAGUGUCUGCCCUACAUCUCACAGCUCAGGUAUAGAUACUUUAUCCCCCGAGAACCAGAAACCAGUCCAGAUCCUGAAUGA